AUGUCGACGCCCAAGUACCUCACCGGCGACAAGGCAGCCAUCAAAGCCUUCCUCGACAAGUUCGAUGUCUUCCUCUUCGACUGCGACGGCGUCCUCUGGUCCGGCGACCACCUCUUCCCCUCCAUCCCCCUAACCCUCUCCCACCUCCGCGACACCCUCUCCAAACGCAUCGUCUUCGUCACCAACAACAGCACAAAAUCCCGCGCCGACUACUGCAAAAAACUCACCUCCAUGGGCAUCCCCGCCACGCCCGCCGAAGUCUUUGGGUCUUCCUACUCCGCCGCCCUCUACAUAUCAAAAAUCCUGCCUACGUCGAACAAAGAAUACGCGCAGCUACUGAAGGAGGGGCGGAAUAAAGUGUUCGUCAUCGGCGAAGCCGGCAUCGAGGCUGAGCUGAAGACAUGUGGCGUGCCGUACAUAGGCGGUACCGACGCCUCUCUCCGUCGAGACGUGACGCCAGAAGACUACAAGCUCAUGGCCUCGGGGGACCCAUCACUCAUCGACCCCGCCGUCGGCGUCGUCCUCGUCGGCCUCGACUUCCACUACAACUAUUUCAAGAUGUGUCUCGCCUUUCAAUACAUACAGAGAGGGGCAAUUUUCCUGGCCACGAACGUCGAUAGCACGCUACCGUCUGCAGGGGGCUUGUUUCCUGGGGCGGGGAGUAUGGCUGCGCCGUUGACGCUGAUGUUGAAGGGGAGGGAGCCGUACAAAGGAAGACUUCUUGAGGGGGAGACUCGGCCGGCGUUUUACAUGGAUAAAUUGUCGGAUCUGCUUUUGGCGGCCGAGGGGGAGUGA